UGUAACCGUUGCCGAGUAGCUUUCAGCUACACCUUCCUUCUCAGCUGACUUCAACCGGGGCGGUCAUGUAUGUGUGUGUGUGUGCGUGCGGGGGGAAGAACCGGUAAUUUCAUGGUCAAACAUUGGCCGGUGGUGACUCAGGGGGAAAGAUUUUUGACCUCCCUUCCCGCUCGAGCCCUUUACCGCUCGCCGGAACCGAUCGUGAUGGUAUGGGAGUUUGCGUUUUUUUUCUAUUAUUUGCUCGCCUACCUCGCCCCCGAAGAUGAUCGCCAAAAUUCAAACCAUCCACCACAGCAUGUGUGCCCUCCCUUCCGUUUAGCAUGCAAAUGCGGUAUUUCGUAAGAUGCGUGCCGCACACGGCGAGAUGCAUUAGCGUGCGCUCGCGUCUCGAUCUUCUUCCGAAUGCGUCCCCCCAUCGCCCUUGGAUAUCAAUCGCAAACGGGUUUUAGCUAUUAAAUGCUUGUCUUUUUUCCCCCCUUUUUCGUUGUCUUUUUCUGUCUCUCGUUCUUCUCCCUUGUGUGUGUUUCUAAUUUUUCGAUGGUUUGCGUUUCGGUGUCUGUUCACCAGAUCCUCCCCGGUUGUGUUAGUGGUAGCAGCAAACUUCAUCUGUCUGUUGCAUAAAGCCGAAAACCCAAACCUAAUGUCACGCAUGAUCGGGCUGUAACACAGACGGGGUCGCAUUUUCGCGUCAGUCAGACCCUCCUCGCACACCAGCGGUCAAAUCGGCGACACAUAUUACCUACCCCCUCGGGGGAAUUACGUCCACGUAGUGGUCAAUAUCCCUCUCGGUGGGUAAGGCGCAGCACGUUGUUUUGGUUUGCUUUCCCACAAACGCCCAACCUCCCCACAAAGUGGGCACAGGGGACUGUGCGCGGACUUUCCAUUGACCACUGUGUGUAGGCUCACCUGUUUCCGCGACGACGCAUUCGCGCGCUCUGUGGCUUUGUGUGGGUAUUGUUUUAGACGGUCCUGCGCAUGUGUGUGUGCGUGUGUGUGCGGGGUCGGUGGAUUUACCAGAAAACACAGAGGGGCUUCGGUGACGUUCCAGCCGUACCGCAGCCGUCAGAUCGUUUGCGAUCGCGAACGCGUGUACGGCGCGCGCUCUGUGUGUCAACGUAGCCUGCUCGCGUGUGGUUUUAAUGCGCAGACGAGGGAUUACGAACGUACGAGCGAGUGAGGGAUUACAAGCAGAAGCUGUCCUCCAAAGACAGACAAACAAAAACAACAAGAAAGAUAGUAAAGACCCCCAAAACCACGGUCAAAAGUGACAAGUGGAACACAAAGCAGUGUGUGAAGUGUGAAUUAAGUUACGAUUGCUUGAUCACAAGCAACAAGAAGAUCAGCGUUAAAGAGCAUUUCAGUUAAUAGUUUCCCAGUGAAAUAGUGAAAAGAAUAAGACAAAAAUGGUUCAAUUUCAAAGGCUGACGCAGUGCGCGAUCAUUCUGCUGGCGCUGCUGCUGCACGCGAUCGACGCCAAAUCACAAACCUCCAAACAGUUGCGUGUUUGCAUCGUGGAGGGUGGCGGCAACUACAAGAAGGGCGCCCAGAACUGCCCGACGCUGGAGGCCGCCUCGAACGUGCGGUGCGUGUACGGGCUCGAUCGGCUAGACUGCUUGCGCAAGAUACACAAGGGCGCGGCCGACUUUGCCGCCUUCUAUCCGGAAGAUUUUCUUGCCGCGCGCUGGUCGGGCGUGGACAUACUGGUUACCAGCGAGCUGAGGUUUCACACCGAACACUUUGAGUAUGAGAUUGUGGUGGUGGUUGACAAUGAGGCCGAGAUUAAUACGGCUCGUGAGCUGCGGGGCAGCAAAUUCUGCCAUCCCGGGCAUGGGCUGAAGAACCACUGGACGGCGGUACUGGCUGAUUACUUCGAAACGAGACUAACACCGCGAGAAUGUGAGGAAGACCUCUCGCCCGUCGAAUCGAGACUCAAAUCGGUGUCCUCCUUCUUUGGACCGUCGUGCCGUGCAGGACCCUGGGUACCGGAUCCAACCGAGGAUCGUCGAUUAAAAAAGAAGUACCCUUCACUGUGCCAACUGUGCUACAACUCGUACCAGUGUGGAAUCGGCGACAAGCACUGGGGUAGACGCGGCCCGCUCUACUGUCUCACGAGCGGUGCCGGUGAGGUGGCGUGGGCCCGCCUGGACGACGUGCGCAGUCACUUUGGCUUUUCGGGGCUGGCGGCCGAAGCGAACCCGUCCGAGUACAGCUUUCUCUGCCCGGACGGGCAUCUGCAGCCGCUCAACACGCGCAAACCGUGCGUGUGGGUAGCGAAACCCUGGCCCGCGAUUGCCGCUAAAUCGAAAGUGGCAAUGGAGGUGCAGGACCUGGUGGCAAAGCUGUCCCACGAUGACAUCAACAGCUGGCAGAACGCGCUGCUGAUGGUGCUGGAAACGUAUCACGUUAAUAUCACGACUCUGGACACGGUCAUACCGGUCGACGAUUAUCUGGACCAGGCGGUCGGGUUCCAGGACGCGUAUAACAACCCGGGCUGCAGUCCGAGUCGAUCGAUCGUGUUCUGUACGAAGUCGUUGCUCGAGAUGUACAAGUGCUCGUGGCUGCAGGAGGUGGCGAGUGUUUACGGGGUCGAGCCGGGGUUGCAGUGCAUCCGGGUGGACCGGUUGGACCAGUGCAUGGCCAAGGUACGGUCGGGCGAUGCGGAUGUGAUGAUCGUCGAUCAGGACAGUGCGUUGCGGGCGGAACGAGACUACGGGCUGCGUCCGAUACUGUACGAGUACUCGUCGAAUGCGCUGCACAAGUAUCUCAUUGUGGCGGUCGUUGCACGUGGCUCAAAUCUUCGAUCGGGUUAUGAUCUUCGCAACCGGCGUGCCUGCUUCCCGCAGUUCGAGGGAGCGGCGCACACCGCAGUACUGACCGCACUGCAAAACCAUUCGAUCGGCGACGUGCGCAACUUCUUCGCCGAAAGUUCGUGCAACUGGAAGAGUACGAGCCGCUGUUCGGCCGUGUACGACGGUGAGGACGGUGCCAUGCGCUGCCUGCAAGACGGGGUGGCCGACGUUGCCUUCGUGAGCUACGAAACGUACAAAAGCAUGAAGGGGCCGGACAAGAAGCAGCAACCCACGGACUGGACCAUCUUCUGCCCGUUCAACAAACCGGUGAAGCACAAUGCGCUCUGCUACCUCGGCUGGACGGCGGUCGGGCGCGUCAUGAUCAGCAACGGCACGAUCGAGCGGCGGCAGAAGGAGAUUUACAAUGCGCUCAAAGACAUUGACAAGCUUUUCGGGCGCCGGAACGGUCUGAAGGCGGAAGCAUUUAACCUCUACGGUCUGUUCGAUGGGCGCAGCGAUGUGCUGUUUAAGGACGGCACGGAGAGUUUGCGCAAUCGGCAGGAAAUGAUGCGCGACAAGAGCGAUGGGUUCUUCGAGCCGACUGGUGGUGCGUAUCUGAUGCACAGCGCUAGUGCAAUGCUUGCGAACAACAGCAACGGGCUGCGGAUGGAGAUCAUUACCGAGCCGUGGUUCCCGGAGGUGAUACAGCAUCUGCGGCAAACGUUCUUUGCCGACGAGCCCCUGAACAAGGCCGUCAGUCUGUGCCGUCCCGGCGAUGGGCACACGCUGCUGGAGAAGCACAGUCUCUCGAGCCUUCGCGACGGUAUUAGUGUCAUGGCAGUGACGAACAGUGGCGAGAUAGCGGGAGUGGUCGUGAACGGGAUACUGCACGGCAACGAGGAUACGGGCCGUGCCCUCGACCGGCUGGCCGAGAUGGAUGAUGAGAAAUUCCGCAAAAUUUUCACACUCCUGUACGAGGAAAAUCUGAAGAUCGAUCUGUUUGAGCAGUUUUCGGUGGAGAGCAUCUUUGAGAUACGCAUCCUAUCGGUGGACUCGAAGUUUCGAGGACAAGGAUUGGCAAAGGAGUUGAUGAGAAAAAGUGAAGAAGUGGCACGCACCAACGGAUUUCAGCUAAUGAAAACCGACGCCACGGGGCUGUUCUCUCAACGGGUGGCCAGCUCGCUCGGGUUCGUCACCAGGCACGAGGUCAAGUACGAGGACUAUCUUGACCAGGACGGUGUUCAUCCGGUGUUUCGGGUCGGACCGCCGCACGAUCGGUUGAAAAUUAUGUACAAAACACUGUGUUAAACACGUGUUCUUACACAUUCGAAAGCUCAUAUGCUCAAAUCGUGUGCGUCGUACACACCACACCAAAAGGGAACCAAAACAUUGGGGAAAAUAGGCUUUUACAUCUUUUCCCCCCACCACAAAACCAAUCAUUGUUACUCACUGAGCUGUUAUCUAUAAUGUGUUAUCUAUAUAUGGACAUCGGUGUCAGUAUGUGUGUGCGUGUGUGUUAGUGUGUGUGCAAAAUAUUAUUUAAGAUUGAAUUGAUGGCAAGCAAUUGUUUGUGUGUACCGGUGCCAUAGGCAUUCCGAGGGACGAUAUAUUGUAAUACACUACUUAAAGGCAACGUUGUUUAAUCUAACAAGCUAGUAUACCAAAAAGAAGGACAGUAACUCCAAACGAAAGAUCCACAAACAACAGAAGCAACCAUCCAAUAUGAUAGAGCGAACAUUUGUCGGUUUACUCCCUGAAACUGGCGGCAUCAAUCGCGACGAAAAUUCUUAUUAGAACAAACAAAAUAAUAAUAUUACUUUAAUGCUUAAUGCCAAUCAGUUAGAAAAGUGUUUCGAUGCAUCGAUCAUCAAUUUGUGUACCUUGUCCCCUAGGCUUAAUUAAGAGAACUUCUGCGCAAAAAUUGCACCUUUUUUAAUACCCUAUGUAUAAGACGACAUGGCAAAGCAAUGCGACAAUAAUGGAAUGGGUACAAAGAGAAAGAACAAACAGAAAGAAGCGUAAGAGAAAUCCCUUUUUUUCUUCUUGCGUACACGUUUUAUACGUUGUUAGGUUAAGUUUUUACGAAUUUUGAAUUGUCGUACGAUCUCCCAACUGUUUUAGAUAAGAAAAUAUCCGAUAAUUUUUUGAUAAAUGUAUAACAUUAUAUACCAAAAAACGAUAUGCAAAUAAACCAAAAAGAGUGGAAAUAAAAUCAAA